AACAGUUAUUUGAUGGUUUAGUGCUUUUAUUUUGAAGGCCACCGGAAAAGUUGUCGCUUCAUGCUAAAGGUGAGCCGCGGCUGCCAAACAGAUGAACCAACGCGCGGCGGCUGCGUGCGUGAAGGAAAGCGGGGGAAGCUCGGGCAAGAACCGGCUGGGCUGUUGUCGGCAACUCAGCAUGCCACCAUAUAAAUGCUGAGCCUGGAGCCGAGACAUCUGAAUUUACCUCCCGAACGGCGAUAGUUGACGGCCACACCCCGUUUUUUUUGUUUGUUUUUUCUGUAACGUUUCCAGGGCUUGCAGAAAAGCGCCGGCGGCUGCGGUUUGAAAGCCAGCAGGGGCGGCUAGCGGGUCCAAACAGCGGAGAGGAAGCAGGAGUGUCGGCUGCUGAGAGAGAGGGGAGAGGAGAGAGAGAGAGAGAGAGCCAUGAGAGAAUACAAAGUUGUGGUUCUCGGGUCCGGCGGGGUCGGGAAAUCCGCGCUCACCGUCCAGUUCGUGACCGGCUCCUUCAUAGAAAAAUACGACCCCACGAUAGAGGACUUCUACCGAAAGGAGAUCGAGGUGGACUCGUCUCCCUCCGUGCUGGAGAUCCUGGACACGGCGGGCACCGAGCAGUUCGCCUCCAUGCGAGACCUCUACAUCAAAAACGGACAGGGCUUCAUCCUGGUCUACAGCCUGGUGAACCAGCAGAGCUUCCAGGACAUCAAGCCCAUGAGGGACCAGAUCAUUCGGGUCAAGCGGUACGAGCGGGUGCCGAUGAUCCUGGUCGGAAACAAAGUGGACCUGGAGGGCGAGAGGGAGGUGUCGUCCGGCGAGGGGAAAGCCCUGGCGGACGAGUGGAACUGCCCGUUCAUGGAAACCUCAGCCAAAAAUAAAACCUCGGUGGACGAACUGUUUGCAGAGAUAGUCCGACAGAUGAACUAUGCCGCGACGCCAAACGACGACAACCAGUGCUGCUCGUCUUGUGUGAUUCUUUAAGAAGACGAAAAAGAGACAAUCAUAAAGUUUUAUUCCCUACUCGGUUUUAAGUUUGCAAUGUGUGUUGCAGCGAGUCCGUCCUGUUGAGCUCUUCUUCGUGUCUCGCCCUGGCGUUUGGAGGAAAAUGACGGGAGGAAUGCUGCAGGGGGACAGGAGGACGAGGAGGAGGAGGAGGAGGAGGAGGAGGAGGAGGGGAGCGACUGAGGCAGAAGGGAGGGUUCCACUCUUCAGGAAUUCUGCCCGGGUCGGAGUAUCUGCACAAUCAAGCGUCCGCCGCCGAUGUCAACGCAGAGUCGGAAAGCCCAAACCCUCCUUUCCAGCUGGAACUAAACUCCAACGGAAGAGAUACACAGACUUAACACUUAGAGGAACUCAUAAAUGGAUAUUUCUGUAAGGGAAGACGACAGGGAGAUAGAAUAUAUUUUGUUAAAGAGCCGCACAGUUCGGGGAGGACAGAGAUUCUGGCGCCCUGAACCAGUUUGGAGAAACGCGCCACAACACUCCGAGUCCCACGUUAUCUUCCUUUCCAAAGUCAGAAGAAAACCACAUAUCCGGGGGGUGGAGUAUACACGACGAGUGCCACUUUUUCUUCGUUCUUUUCUUCGGCCGAGCUGAAGCGACGUGGAGACGCUGACCCGAUCGCCCUUGUGUCGAGUGCCUUUCCGAAACAAAUCAGCUGUUCAGAUUUUGUGCCAACCCACACGUAUCACCAAAAGAACCUUUCAAACACGGCCAUUCACAUAGCUUGUGAACUCUUCUUCGGGAUAAUUUUGUAAAGUGGUUGAGACUUAAAAACUUGACUGAUUACAGCAGAUUUAAUUUUUUUUGUUGUUGUUGGUGGGGAAAAAAAAGGUGGAUUUCUGUUUCUGUUAUGUUGGCCUUUUUUUUUUUUUUUUUUUGUUAACUAUGUAUUCAGUGAGUGCUUGGUCUGGCCAGUCAUGUCUUUCUGUUGAAAUGCACAGGUACUGAAACCAACUUCGUUGGAAUAACAAUACACGACGCUUACCUUUCUGACCAGUUCAUUCAAAGGAAUCCAGUCUGUUCUGUUUGUUUUCGUUGUUUUUAAACAGGAAGUGUGAUGAUGUACCGUUGACAAAUCUAAACUGAUUGUACGUUUAAUUUCAGAUCAGCCACGCUGUGACAAUUCUUUUAAUACAGUUUGCGUUUUUAAAAAAAAA